GAGAGCAACCCAACGCAGAUCUCCCAUCAGCUGAGGAGCAGCAGCAUCUCUGACGGCGUCUGAGGCAACGAGACACAGGACUGAUCUGCAGUCAGUCGGGAGGCAGCUGUAAAAAGCAAAUGACAGCCCUGGGAAAAGCGUAGGAGAGGUCGUGAGGUGGCUUUAUCUGCAAAUUAGCAGUCAGUUGAGGGAGGGAGAAGAGAGGAUCUCUCCAGUGCAAGAGCCGACCCUCUCCAGACUCAGAGGCUGACCCUCAGUGCACUCACUCUUCCUCAAGACGAAGGACCUUUCCCCUCCCGCAGGAAUUCAGCCAUGGAGGAGAUGCUCACCUGCCGUCGCAGCCCUUUCUCCCAGGUGUUUGGGCGUCAGGGUCAGCUCAUGCAAGCCACUGUGCAAUCUCUGAACAGCCUGAAUGACCAGAUUGCAAGCUUCAUGGUGACUGGACCCAAGCCCCUCGAGCAGGAGGAGCAUGCCUUCCGUCCUCCCGAGAAGGAGACGCUGCAGAAGUCCAUGACCCUGAUGAGGCACCUCCUUGUGGAUGCACAGGCAAAAAUCCUGAAAAUGAUGGAUGACAACAAGCAGUUGGCCCAGCGCAUCGAUGGGGCCAUUCAGUCCGCCAGCCAGGAGGUGACCAACCUAAGGUCAGAGCUGAGCGCCACCAGCCGCAGACUGGCCGAGCUGGGGGCAACCGACUCUGCCAGCAUGCUGGAGACCCUGCAGCACAACCACAACGAUCCCUCUUCCCAGCCAAGGCAGAAGCCUCCGGCCACUGACCUCUGCUACAAGACUGAAAUCAGCAGUCUAAUGGACUUCAACUCUCCGGAUGCUUCCCUGGACAAAGUCCUGCUGCGUGAGGAGGUGGCCCAGCUCCAGGAAGAGGUGCACCUGCUGCGGCAGAUGAAGGACAUGUUGAGUAAGGACCUGGAGGAGACCCAGGGAAGCUGCUCGGCCGACGUGCUCUCCGCCACAGAGCUCCGUGUGCAGCUGGCCCAGAAGGAGCAGGAGCUGGACCGAGCCAAGGAGGCUCUGCAAGCCAUGAAGUCGGACCGCAAGCGUCUGAAGGCGGAGAAAGCAGACCUGGUGAACCAGAUGCAGCAGCUUUAUGCCACACUGGAGAGCCGGGAGGAGCAGCUCCGCGACUUCAUACGCAACUAUGAGCAGCACAGAAAAGAGAGCGAAGAUGCGGUGAAGGCGCUGGCCAAAGAGAAGGACCUGCUGGAGAGAGAGAAGUGGGACCUGCGGCGGCAGACCAAGGAAGCCACAGAGCACACGGGGAUGCUGCGCUCCCAGCUCGACCUCAAGGAGAACCGCAUCAAGGAGCUGGAGGCUGAACUGGCCAUGAUGAGUAACUGUGUCAAUCAGAGAAUGGAGUUCCGGGUGUUUGAGCGGGUUGCAGAAAGGGACUACUCUCCUAGGGUCAUGGCGGCCAAACAGUCACUAGCCACCCUGACCAAGGACGUGCCCAAGCGUCACUCUCUGGCCAUGCCCACGGAAACGGUUGUCAAUGGCAACAACCAGGAGUGGGUGAUGCAGGCUGACCUCCCCCUGACUGCUGCCAUCAGGCAGAGUCAGCAGACCCUCUAUGUCCACGCGGGGCAUCCCACUGACAGACAAGUGGCUGCCGUGCGGGUGAGCCCAUGCCACUCGCGUCAGCCCUCCAUCAUCUCUGACGCCUCUGCAGUCGAGGGAGACCGGUCAUCCACACCCAGCGACAUCAACUCGCCACGCCAUCGGACUCACUCCCUCUGCAAUUCCCUAGAAGAUCUGGAGGAGGCGAAGCGUAAGAAGAAGAAAGAGAAGAUGGGGCUGGGCUCUCUGUCGCGUGUCUUCGCCCGGGGAAAGCAGCGCAAAUCCCUCGACCCCGGUUUGUUUGAUGGUACUUCAACGCCUGAUUAUUACAUAGAGGAAGAUGCAGACUGGUAAAAAAGCACACAUGUCCGAGCGAGCCACCCGGAGAGCCUCUGUGGCAAUUAUCAGAAGACAGCAUUGUGUUAAAACGCGAGCGUGAGAGGAUGGGCGUGCGUUUGAUGUCAGUGUGUACAGCUAUAACAAUGUGUGUGCUUGUGCAGUCUCACAUGCAUGCAUACUUGCGUGUGUAUGCGUGUGAGAGUGUGUGCAUGCGUGUGUCGUCCAUGGUCAGAGGCCAUGUCAGAAGCCGGAGGCGUUUCUUGCUUCGCUGAAGUGUAAACCUUAACGAGCAAAUUGCACCUGUAUGUAUGUACAGUCCUGUAAAUAGAGUGGACAGUGUGACACAGCGACCAUGUGGAUAUGUUCUAUUGUAUCUGCCCUCCAAAACGGCUGUGUUAUUGGAUCUUUUAAUUGUUCUUUACAUUUUGACUUUUUGUUUUCACUCAACUGGAAACUUGAAGGACUGCUGUACUUGUAAAUAACAACAGUUGAUGUGCACUUUGUGCGUGUAAAUGUCUCCUUGUCCUGAAUGCCUUUUGUUAUUUUUGACAUGUACUCCCCUCCCCUCACUACCUUUUAACUUAAACUCCUCCCUGUUUAUUGUCCUGCUUGGUCCAUCCCCCUCCUUCCACACUGCCAUGAUGAGAACAGUUUCCUGUCGGCAACAUGCAGACUCCUCAAAUCCACCUCCAAUUUGGUUGUUCAACACAUCCCUCAAUCCGCCAAGAAAACUGUGCACUCCUUGAUGUUUUGCUCAAAUGAGCCUUCAAAGACACUGCUAAGCGAGGAACGAACUUUCUAUGCAGAACAGUUUGUUCCACGGCAUCAUGAAGCCAAACAGGAAAUAUAAGAAACGUGUUUUCUAUCUGUUAAGAUAGAAGGUACAUGCCUGAGGUACAUGUGUGACAUGCAUGCACAUAGUCCCAGUCCCUAAAUGCAUGUUGAAUAAAACCCUACUAAACAGAAAUGUCUUUCUCUGGGUAUGUUGUUGAGGAGGUGAUAAACUGUCUGUAAAAAAAAAAAAAAAAAGAGAGGUCAGUUACUGAUUUCAUGGUGUUUAUUCAUGAUUUCCUCCAUUUCAAAUGAAGUUAUUAGAUUUGUUAUUCAGAAAACAUUAUGAUUAAUGUUCAAGAGAUUAACACCCCAAAGCAAACAUAGAGCGGUUUAAUCUGCACCUACAAGGCUCUUGUAUGCAAAAAUACUUUUGAAAUAUUAAAGGUCCGCAAAGUCAACAGUAACAAAGAAAACCCAUCGCUAAAUUUUUUAAAUUAUUAAAUAAUUAUUAAAUUUAUUCAUGAGGCUUUCUACCGUUUUCCCUCUGUAUGAUCUUACAGUAGCUUGUAGCUAUACAGUUUUAUUAAUACUUUUGGGAGUAGAAUUAUUCUGGGAAAAGUUGGUCUAAAAAAAGAAAGCUAGUAUCCCAAAAUAAGUGGUAGCUUAAACAUCAAUUAUACUAACAUAGUAGAUAUCAGGCGGAUGGAUAUUUUACCAGAAAAUCAGAGCUUCAAUUCAGAGGCCCGAGCAUGGAGCAGGCGUUAAAUGAACUGUUAUAACAAUAACGAGUGCCAACCCUGGAGGUUAAAAAUCAGACUUAAGCAGGCUAAUCAAACUGAAGCAAAUGCAUACCUUCUCCCAUGACCCUGUGAACUUGCCAAAAAAAAUCAGAUGCAGAGUUCAGGCCAUUGCUGAAAAAGGCAAUUAAGUGUGUGCCAAAGGUUAAUAGCAUUUCUUCAAGCAAAAGAAUGACUACAGACAUUGGAUUAUUUUCAUCCUUUCAUUGGAUUGAGCCGGAGUCUGCACUGCCACCCCCAGGAAAUCUUUUCUCUCCCUGAUAUUAAACUAACACUGGGUAUUUGUCUCAUCUGAAACACUAUAGAGUCACAGAUUACAUUGGAGCUGUAUUUAACCACAGAGCUUGUCAAAAGGGGCGUCCAUGUAAGCAGCAGUGAGGGGAUUAUCAUUUAACCCUUAGCUCAACCCACAUUUGGGCUCGCAGAUUUUGGAUGUAGAGGUGAAUCAUUAAGGUAAUUCAAACAUAAGUCACCAUGUAUUAAAUUGUAUGUAUAAGAACUACAGCUCAAUCAGUUUAUUUCAUUAAACAUUUAAUGAAAUGUAUGAAAAUCCAGGCUAUUUUUUAUUUUUUUCAUUUAACUAACCAUUAUGACCCUCUGCUGAUGGGGGUAAAAAAAACAUAUCAAAUGAAAAACAUUGUAUGAUUAUUAUGUUUUGAGCCACGGUCUCUCUGUUGUUGUUUUUUAUUUUCCUCAAAUAUUUUACUUUUUUGUAAAUGAGAUAACAUUACAGAAAUAAAAAAUAAUAUUAUUAAAGAGUUUUAUUUAAAGUCAAAGAUGUAGGCCUCAGUGGAGGACUUCUAUUGUGAGGUCCUGAGAUGUUUAGAAGUGGACAGUAGCGAACCUUUAAAGGCAUGGCAACAAAAUUACGCUUAAAAGAACUUAAUGAGAAAAAUAAGAUUAUUUUAAAAUAAAAUAAAUAACGUUGAAUUUC